CCAUGGAGCAUGCAUGGUGGAUGUCUGUCGGUGCUCUGCUCGGGAUCCUCUCCGGAUCUCUACACGGAGCUUGUGUCUUGGAGGGAUCGCUGUAUGCGAACAACACAUCAUGGAGGCCUCAGUCGUGUCAGGAGUGUACCUGCUACAGCGACGUGGCCAUCUGCAGGCCCACCCACUGCCCCAACCCACAGUGUGACUUCCAGAGGGGUGAGCGUUUGAGGAUCCCUGCCAACAAGUGCUGUCCAGAGUGCAUCUCCUCGUCCCAGGGCUCCUGCCAGUACGAAGGAGUCCAAUAUGCACACGACAGCCAGUGGAGUCCUUCGGCCUGUUCGGUGUGCGUCUGCUCCGGAGGGAGUGUAUCCUGCAGCGCUCUGCCCUGCCCCCCCCUCAGCUGUCCUGGAGACCAGAGCCCGUUCGUCCCGGCCGGGGAGUGCUGCCCCAAGUGUGGCCGCAAUGGAGGGUCUUGCUCCUGGCAGGGGACGCCGUACAGAGACGGUGAAGAGUGGGCGCCGAGCCUCUGCUCCAGAUGUUCCUGCAGCGACGGGGAAGUCCAGUGUUCGGUGGCGGAGUGUCAGCAAGUCGCCUGCAAACCGAAUGAGAACCUGGUGAUCCAGCCGGGCCGCUGCUGUCCUCAGUGUGUGUCCAACCCCUGUCUGUCUGCUGGUCAACAGCACCAGCAUGGCGAGCAGUGGCAGAAGAACGGCUGCACCACAUGUGUGUGUGAACGGGGUCAGUCUAAAUGCCACACACACACCUGUCAGCCUGUCACCUGUGACAAGGGUCAGACCAAAGUGAAGCGAGCCGGGCAGUGCUGUGACGGAUGCGCCGCUGCCAAGGGAAGCUGCCUGUACGAGGGCGCGGCGCGUUACCAUGGAGACAUGUGGAACGGCACAGGCUGCGAGUUCUGCACCUGCAACCGAGGUCAGGUGGUCUGCCAGAGGGCCGAGUGUGGACGCGUUGAAUGCCCACAGGGAUCAGAGCUCAUUCACCUACCGGAUAGAUGCUGCCCGGAGUGCUCCUCUGAGAAACCUUCCUGUUUGCACGACGGGAAAUCCUACAAGGACCUGGCUCGAUGGUCGGAUAGCGGAUGCCGGGAGUGUGAGUGCCGUCACGCCGAGGUGACUUGUUAUCUGCGCUCCUGCCCCACCUGCCCGCCGGGAACCCUGGUCGUCAACCGGGGGGGACGCUGCUGCCCCGAGUGUCACCAAGUCCAGUGCCAUGCAGACUGCCUGUCAUGCUCGGGGUCUCCCGACCAAUGUGAGAGCUGCAGGGACCCGAAGGCCCUCCUCCAUCUCGGACGCUGUCUGUCCGUCUGUCCAGCCGGUUACUAUGCCGACGGACGAGUGUGUGCAGCCUGCCAGUCAUCCUGCACCUCCUGCUCCAGCGGGUCGGACUGCCGGUCCUGUAGCUCCCGGUUAUCUCUGCUGAGCGCUGAUAGCAGCGAGUGCCUGGCCUCCUGUCCUCCUGGUUCCUACCAGCAUGACAACACACACUGCCGCAGCUGUCACGAGUCCUGCUCAGAGUGCCGCGGGCCGACCCAGCAGGAGUGUGUGUCGUGUUCGGACCCGGCUGCCUUGCUCAAAGACGGGGAAUGUGUUCCUGACUGUGGCGCCGGCUUCUACAGUCAAGAAGGCGUCUGCUACGCCUGUGAUUCGUCCUGUGCCUCCUGUUUCCCUGACAACCCCAAGUGCAUGAGCUGUCCGCCGGGGACCGCCUUGCAUCAUGGGAGGUGUAUUUCCCAGUGUCCAGCUCAGCAUUACCUGGACAGCCACAGCAGAUGCAGAGCCUGCCACAGCUCCUGCGCUUCCUGUUGGGGCUCCUCGGUAUCCCAGUGUACCUUGUGUCUAGAUGGGCUCCUUCUCCACCAGGGCCAGUGUGUGGAGGCCUGUGGGGAGGGGCUCUACUCCCAGGACAACACCUGCCACAAUUGUCAUCCCUCCUGUCGCUCCUGCGUUGGCCCUUUGGCCUCGGACUGCGUUCGCUGUCUGAAAGCAGAGGAAGCCCUCCUGCUGCAGUCUUCUCACCUGCAGCACGGCGUCUGCACAUCUGGAUGUCCUGCACGCAGCUAUCCAGACUACCUGCAUACGUGCAGAGAGUGUCAUCCCUCCUGCUGGCACUGCACUGGGCCAUCUGCAGCCAACUGUACAGCCUGCCUCUCUCCGUCCAGCCUGCACGAGGGCCGCUGUGUCCCCACCGGCCCACAGGGCUUCUUUAUCCAGAACAACAUGUGCCAAGCUUGCCACCCGUCCUGCCAGACCUGCUCCGGUCCAUCUCAGGCCGACUGCACCUCCUGCCCCCCACUGGCCUUGUUACAGACCGGCUACUGCAGGACGAGCUGCCAAGACGGUCUUUUCCUGGACGCCAUCAGCGGAGAGUGCCACAAGUGCAGCUCCGACUGUCAGCGCUGCGCGGCCGACCUCCAGACGGGCGUCGGCAGCGUGUGUCUGUGGUGCAGAGCGGCGAGGACGUGGCUGCUGGGAGAUCACUGCGUCUCCAGCUGUCCACAGGGACACUACGGCUGGCACGGAGCCUGCAUCAGAUGCCAUCCGUCAUGUGACGCCUGCAGCGGGUCGGGGCCUCUCUCCUGUACUUCCUGCCCCGUCGGCAGCCUCCUGCUGCCCUCGGGUCUCUGCGGACCCAAAUGUCCCCUCGGUUACUAUGACAACGGCCACAGGAUCUGUCAGGCGUGCGACGCUCAGUGCCUGACGUGCGACAUGACCGGCGUCUGCACCUCCUGUCGCGACCCGACCAAGGUGCUGCUGUUCGGAGAAUGCCAGUACGACAGCUGUGCCCACCAGUACUACCUCAACACCACCACCCGGGCCUGCAGAGAGUGUGACUGGAGCUGUAACGCCUGUAGAGGUCCUCUGCGGACCGACUGCCUGCUGUGCAUGGAGGGUCACGUGUUGCAGGAGGGCGUCUGCACCCAGGGGUGCUCCUCCGGCUCCUACCAGGACGGAGACAAAUGCCUCGGCUGUGAUGAUCACUGUGAGGAGUGUGGUGGUCCGGCACAGUGCCAGCGGUGUCAGCAUCCCUACGCCGCCCUGCAGGGUCAGUGUGUGCUGGAAUGUGGCCGGAACUACUUUCUGGACGCGUCCUCACAAAUCUGCAAACCUUGCUCUUCUGACUGCGUGCUGUGUGACGGCGUCGGACGCUGCAGCGCUUGUAGAGAUCUAACCUUCCUCAUGGAGGGAUACUGCACGCCCGACUGUGGACGUGGGUUCUACGCCGACCAGAAAACCAGGACCUGCCACGUAAACACCCAGCCCCCGACCCUCCAGGUCAACGGGUCCCUGCUGGUCCCCCUCAGUGGUUCUGCCCCGCUGCCCCUCACCCUGCUGCAGACCCAGGACCCCGACAGUCCGUCUGAGCGGCUGAUCUUCCAGCUCGUUCGGGGCCCCACUAACGGACGGCUGGUCCUGUUCAGAGGGGAGGGAGGAGGUGGAGGAGAGGAGGGAGGGAAGGGAGGCCGAGACCUGACCAGGGACGACACCUUCACCUGGGCCGAGCUGAGAUCGGGUCGGGUCCGGUUCAGACACCAAAAAGACAAAGCCAGGACCGGUGAGUUCACCUUGCGUGUCGCUGACCCCCAGCUGUUUUCUCAACCAGAAACAGUUCAAGUUCAAGCCGUGUCAAUGCAGCCUCCGAGGGUCAUGACUCUCGCUCCUCUACCCGUGGAGGGCCGUGGCGCCCAGUCAACCAUCACCAAGUCGGUCCUGCAGGUCGACGACCCCGACAACCCGGCCGAUGUCCUGGUCAUGGUUCUCGAACCGCCCCGUCACGGCCGGCUGACCCGUCUCCAAGGCGACCGGGCUCUCAGCCGAUUCAAGCUGGAGGAGCUGUCACGGGAACAGAUCCGGUACGUCCACGACGGCUCGGAGGGGACGGAGGACGGGACGGUGCUGCAGGUCAACGACGGACACAGCUACAGGAACAUCCUCCUCCAUGUCCACGUCAAUCAGAAGGCCGCUGACUCUCCUCACGCUCUGUCUGUGCCGAUGACCUGGGUGAAGGAAGGAGGCAUGGUGAGACUGGAUAAAAAAUACCUGCAGGCGGACUACAAGGGAGUCAGCACGGAUGACAUCGUCUACACCAUCGUCGGCUCAGAUGGACAACCUAAAUAUGGCGAGGUGGUGCUGGUGUCCAUGCCAGCCGACGGCCCCGUGGAAAGCUGGCGUCCAUCGCUAACUGACGAGCGAGGCUCCACGCCCACGACUUCCUUCACUCAGCAGGACGUCAACGACGGCACCGUCUGGUACCGACACUUUGGCAGCGGCACCAACAGCGACUCCUUCCAGUUCCAGGUUUCCACAGAGGCAGCCGCGGUCGUACAGAGCAAUGCCCAGACCUUCACCAUCGGAGUCCUGCCUCAGACCCCAGGAUUCCCCCAGCUGGCCCCCGACUGCGACCUGCAGGUCACGGCUCUAGAGGAUAGGGUGACAGAGAUAACACCCUCAGCUCUCUCCUUCGUCGACUCUGAGACUCCCAGCGAGAAGCUCAUCUACAACAUCACCAAACCACUACCGCAGGGACAAGGAGCCAUCGAACAUGUGGACCAACCGUUCACGCCGGUGAAACAUUUCACUCAGGCCGACGUCAACAACGGCAAACUCCUCUACAGACCGCCGGCGGCCCCCUCACACCUCCAGGAGCUCUACCAGUACUCCUUUACCGGUCUGCCAGAGUCGCUGAGCGUCUAUUUCACAGUGUCGGACGGUGAACACACCACUCCUGAGCUGGACUUCGCCGUCCUGCUGCUGUCUAACCAUCAGCAGCCGCCGGUGUUCCAGGUCCUGGACCCGCUGCUGGAGGUCAUCCUGGGAGGACAGGCGUCCAUUGGCAGGCAGCAGCUGGCGGUGAGCGACGCUGACACGGCUCCAGACGAUCUGGAGUUCGAGCUGGUGGAGGCUCCCGUCCACGGAGAGCUGGUCAAGACCGACGGCAGCACGCACACCAGCAUGAACAACGGCGACAUCUUCACCUUCAACGACGUCACCCGCAACGUCCUGCUCUACCGACACGUCGGCCUCACCAGCCGGGAAGACGCCAUCACCUUCUCCGUGAGCGACGGCAUCUCCAUGGCGACCACGGUGGUGCAGGUGGCGGUGCUGGGCGCCGGGGGCGACGGGCCCCAACGGGACCCUGCGGCCACGCUGUCGCUGGAAGUGGGCGAGAAGAGCAGCACCGUGAUCCGACGCUCACACCUGGCCUACACCGACAACGCGUCCCCAGACGAGAAGAUUCAGAUCCAGCUGGUGUCGGUGCCGAUGUACGGCAUCCUGACCCGGAGCGAGUCCCAGCAGGAGCACCAGGAGCUGAGGGAGUACUCCUCCUUCACCAUGGAGGACGUGAGCGAGCACAGGAUCAGGUACAUCACCUCCUUGGAGACGGGCAGCCAGCCGGUCACCGACAUCUUCCACUUUGUGGUUUACGACGUGGACAACAAUCGCCUCGACAACCAGAUGUGCACCAUCACCAUCACCUCUGCACCCAGACAGCCGCCGACGGUCACGGUCCGCAGCGGCAUCAAGGUCCAGGAAGGCGGCCGAGUGCAGCUGUCAACCAAUCACAUCAUCGUGUCGGACCUGGACACGCCCAGAAAGGACCUGCUGGUUUGGAUCGUCAGUCCGCCAAAGUACGGCUUCAUCGAGAACACCAAGAGAGGAGGCUCAGUUGGCGGCUCACGGGUCGUCACCCCAGAUGUCCCUUUCUCUGUGGACGACCUGACGUCCGACCACAUCUUCUACGUCCAGGACAGCAAGCGUGAAGCCAAGGUCCAACAGGACGUCUUCAGCUUCUACAUCAGCGACGGACACAGCCAGACAGAGGCGUUCAACGUUGAAAUCGACAUCCAGCAGAGCAGACAGGACAGAGAGCCCGUGGUGUCGGUCAGCAGCCUCCACGUGGAGGAAAACUCCGGAGUCGUCAUCACCAACUCGUCUCUGAGCGUCCACGACCAGGACACGCCGGAGAACGAGAUCCUCUUCACCAUCAUCAGGAAGCCGUCCUACGGCAAACUCCGCAGACGGCAGUUCUACUCUCAGCCGCUGGAGAACGGCCGGGUGCUCACGCAGGGCUCCACCUUCACCUACCAGGACAUCCUGGACCAGUUGCUGGUCUACACACCUGAGACCGUCAGUGGGGGGGCGGACGAGAUGGGUUUCACGCUCACCGACGGGAUCUACACGCACACGGGCCGCCUGGAGUUCACCAUGGACGUCAGGAGGAGCGAAGGACCGAGGAUGACCGUCAACAGAGGCCUGCAGCUCCCAGCAGGAUCUUCGUCUAAGAUCACGGAGCAGAACCUGAAGGGUACGGACAUCGACUCGGACAGCCUGAAGCUCCGGUACAUCCUCACCAAAGACCCUCCGACGGGAAAAAUCCAGCUCAGCAAGAGCGGACGUGUGGAGAAGAUUUCUGUGAAAGGACCCGUUCAGAGCUUCACUCAGGACGACGUCAACAAAGGCCUGCUUCAGUACGUCCACGAGAAAGGGGAGAAGGGAGGCAGCCUGUCUUUGAAGUUCAACCUGGUUGAUCCAGAGGGCAACAAGCUGAUCGACCAGUCCUUCUUCAUCAGUGUGCUCGAGGAUCGUCUUCCUCCGUCCGUGGUGGUGAACAAAGGCCUGGUGCUGGACGAGAACACGGUGAAGAAGCUGACCACGCUGCAGCUGUCGGCCAGCGACCAGGACAGCGAACCGGGCGAGCUCGUCUACCGCGUCACCAAGGAGACGGGCCUGGGUCACCUGGAGCACGCCGCCAACCCGGGCACCAGAAUCAGCACCUUCACUCAGGCCGAUCUGGUAUCACGCAGCAUCCAGUACGUCCACACCAGUGAAGAAGAGAAGCACGCCGACCAGUUCUCCUUUACCGUGUCCGACGGGACUAAUGAGGUUGCCCAGACGUUCUACAUCACCAUCAAACCAGUGGACGACUCCCUGCCUCUGCUCCAGGUUCCUGGCAUGAGGGUCCAGGAAGGAGUGAGGAAGACCAUCACCGAGUUUGAGCUGAAAGCCACAGAUGCAGACACCGAGGCGGAGUCCAUCAUCUUCACCGUCGUCCAGGCUCCUCGUCACGGAACCAUCGAACGCACAAACAACGGGCAGCACUACCGGCAGACCGGCAGCUUCACCAUGGACGACAUCUACCAGAACCGCGUCAGCUACAACCACGACGGCUCCAACUCGCUCAAGGACCGCUUCACCUUCAGCGUGGCCGACGGCACCAACCUGCUCUUCAUGGUGGAGGAGGGCGGCAAGGAGAUCCUGACUGCCGCCCCACAGAAGUUCAAGAUCGAUAUUCUUCCCGUUGAUGAUGGAACUCCGCGUAUCGUCACCAACCUUGGACUGCAGUGGCUGGAGUACAUGGACAACAAGGCCACAAAUCUGAUCACCAAGAAGGAGCUGCUGACGAUGGAUCCGGACACCGACGACGGUCAGCUGGUUUAUGAAGUCACCACGGAGCCCAAGCUCGGCUUCCUGGAGAGCAAGAUGAAACCGGGCAGCACCAUCUCCUCCUUCACUCAAGCUGACAUCAACCUGGGUCUGAUCCGCUACGUGCUGAACCAGGAGAACGUCCAGGACACCGUGGACCACUUCAAGUUCCUGGUCAAAGACAGCAAACCCAACGUGGUCAGCGACAACGUCUUCCACAUCCAGUGGUCUCUCAUCAGCUUCGAGCACAAGAGCUACAACGUGAGCGAGAAGGCCGGCACGGUGGCGGUGACGGUGAAGCGGACGGGUAACCUCAACCAGUACGCCAUCGUGCUCUGUCGCACCGAGCAGGGCGGAGCCACCUCCACCAGCAGCGUCGGGUCCCAGCCGGGCCAGCAGGACUACGUGGAAUACGCAGGACAGGUGCAGUUCGAUGAGCGCGAGGACACCAAGGUGUGCACGGUGGUCAUCAACGACGACAAGGUGUUCGAGGGUACGGAGAGCUUCCACGUGGAGCUCAGCAUGCCGGUGUACGCGCUGCUGGGCGGGAACACGAGGGCCAUGGUCAACAUCAACGACACCGAGGACGAGCCGACUCUGCAGUUUGACAAGAAGACGUACCACGUCAACGAGAGCACGGGCUUCAUCCACGCUCCCAUCGAGAGAAAAGGUGACACCUCCAGCACCGUCUCGGCCCUCUGCUACACCGUGGCCAAGUCGGCUCAGGGCAGCAGCCUCCACGCUCUGGAGUCCGGCUCCGACUACAAGAGCCGCGGGAUGACCGACGACAACCGGGUGGUCUUCGGCCCCGGCAUCAGCAUGACCACCUGCGACGUCAAGCUCAUCGACGACAGCGAGUACGAGCUGUCGGAGGAGUUCGAGCUGGUGCUGUCGGACGCCUCGGACAACGCCCGCGUGGGGGUCGUGACCUCGGCCAAGGUCGUCAUCGACGGGCCCAACGACGCCUCCACCGUCACCCUGGGCAACGCCACCUUCACCUUCAGUGAAGACGCUGGAACAAUAGAAAUACCGGUGCUGCGUCAGGGCAGUGACCUCUCCUCCCUGACCUCCGUGUGGUGUGCCACCCGACCUUCAGACCCCCACUCCGCCAGCCCCGGGGUGGACUACAUCCCCAGCUCCAAGAAGGUGGAGUUCAAACCUGGAAAAACUGAGGAGACCUGUAGUCUGACCAUCAUGGACGACGUCCAGAACCCGUCCAUCGAAGGAGCCGAGUCCUUCAUUGUGUUCCUCAGUUCUCCUCAGGGCGCCGUCCUCCAGGAGCCGUACGAAGCCAACGUCGUCAUCACGGACACCUUCCAGGACAUUCCCAGCAUGCAGUUUGAGAAGAGCGCCUACACUGUGAAGGAGAAAGACGGCGUCCUGAACAUCACCGUCAUCCGAACAGGCGACCUGUCCUUCAAGUCAUCGGCGCGGUGCUUCACUCGCACCAUGUCGGCCAUGGUGAUGGACGACUUCGAGGAGAGGAGGAACGCUGACGAGUCACGCAUCACUUUCCUCAAAGGAGAGAAGGUGAAAAACUGCACCGUUCACGUCCAUGAUGACUCUGUUUUUGAGCCCGAAGAGGAGUUCCAGGUGCAUCUUGGGACGCCGCAGGGUGACCACUGGAGUGGUGCCAUGGUGGGCGCCAGCGACAUCGUCACCGUCACCAUCACCAACGAUGAAGACGCUCCCACCAUUGAGUUUGAACAGGCGUCCUACCAGGUCAGAGAGCCUCCGGGUCCCGACGGCAUCGAGGUGCUCAACAUCAAGGUGAUCCGCGGGGGGGAUCUGGACCGGACCUCCAAGAUCCGCUGCAGCACCCGGGACGGAUCGGCCCAGUCCGGAGUCGACUACAACCCCAAGAGCCGAGUGCUCAAAUUCCCCCCUGGUAUGGACCACAUCCUGUUCAAAGUGGAGAUCCUGUCCAACGAGGACCGGGAGUGGCACGAGUCCUUCUCGUUGGUCCUCGGCCCCGACGACCCCGUGGAGGCUGUGCUCGGGGAGAUCACCAUGGCAACGGUUACCAUUCUGGACCAGGAGGCCUCGGGCAGCCUCAUCCUCCCCGCUACGCCUAUCGUGGUCUCCCUCGCCGACUACGACCACGUCCAGGAGGUGACCAAGGAGGGCAGCAAGAAGACGCCCUCGCCCGGUUACCCUCUGGUGUGCGUCACCCCAUGUGACCCUCACUACCCGAAGUACUCCGUGAUGAAGGAGCGCUGCGAGGAGGCCGGCAUCAACCAGACCCAGGUCCACUUCUCCUGGGAGGUGGCGGCGCCCACCGACACCAACGGCGCCCGGUCUCCCUUCGAGACGGUCACAGACACCACCCCGUAUACCGGCAUCAACCACAUGGUUCUGGACAGCAUUUACUUCAGCCGCCGCUUCCAUGUCCGCUGCGUCGCUCAGGCCAGAGAUAAGUCGGGUCACCUCGGGACGCCGCUGAGGAGCAACAUCGCCACCAUCGGCACAGAGGGCUCCAUCUGCCACACGCCCGUCACCACGGGAACCGCCAGGGGCUUCCAGGCUCAGUCCUUCAUCGCCACGCUCAAAUACCUAGACGUCAAGCACAAGGAGCACCCAAACCGUAUCCACAUCUCGGUGCAGAUCCCCCAUCAGGACGGCAUGCUGCCCCUGGUGUCCACCAUGCCGCUGCACAACCUGCACUUCCUGCUGUCGGAGUCCAUCUACAGGCAGCAGCACGUCUGCUCCAACCUGGUCACCCUCAAGGACCUGGAGGGUCUCUCCGAGACGGGUUUCCUUGACGACGUGUCCUACGACAGCAUCUCUCUGGGGCCGGGGUUCGACCGGCCCUACCAGUUCAACCCAAAGGUCAGGGAGGCCAAGAGCAUCCAGCUCUACAAGCACCUCAACCUGAAGAGCUGCAUCUGGACCUUUGACGCCUACUACGACAUGACGGAGCUCAUCGACGUCUGCGGGGGCUCCGUCACCGCCGAUUUCCAGGUCCGGGACUCGGCUCAGUCCUUCCUGACGGUGCAGGUUCCUCUCUACGUCUCCUACAUCUACGUCACCGCACCGCGGGGCUGGGCCUCUCUGGAGCAUCACACCGAGAUGGAGUUCUCUUUCUUCUACGACACCGUGCUCUGGAGGACAGGUAUCCAGACUGACAGCGUCCUCUCUGCCAGACUGCAGAUCAUCAGGAUCUACAUCAGAGAAGACGGACGACUGGUGAUCGAGUUCAAAACACACGCCAAAUUCAGAGGUCAGUUUGUCCCUGAACACCACACUCUGCCGGGCCACAAGUCCCACCUGAUGGCUCCGGACCACCUGGGAGGGGUGGAGUUCGACAUCCAGCUGCUGUGGAGCGCUCAGAGCUUCGACUCUCCGUACCAGCUGUGGAGGGCCACCAGCUCCUACAGCAGGAAGGACUAUUCUGGAGAGUACACCGUGUUCCUGGUCCCCUGCACCGUCCAGCCCACCCAGCCCUGGAUCGACCCCGGGGACAAACCUCUGUCCUGCACCGCUCACGCUCCAGAGAAGUUUCUGGUUCCGAUCGCCUUCCAGCAGACCAACCGGCCCGUUCCAGUGGUUUACUCCCUCAACACGGAGUUCCAGCUGUGCAACAACGAGAAGGUGUUCAUGAUGGACCCGGCCACCGCCGACGUCUCCAUGGCUGAGAUGGACUACAAGGGAGCCUUCUCCAUGGGUCAGACUAUGUACGGCAGGGUGCUGUGGAACCCGGAUCAGAACCUGAACGCGGCCUACAAGCUGCAGCUGGAGAAGGUGUACCUGUGCACCGGACGGGACGGAUACGUGCCCUUCUUUGACCCCACGGGGACGCUGUACAACGAGGGCCCGCAGUACGGCUGCAUCCAGCCCAACAAGCACCUCAAACACCGCUUCCUGCUGCUGGAUCGUAAACAGCCCGAUGUUUGUGACAACUUCUUCCACGACGUUCCCUUCGAGGCUAACUUCGCCUCAGACGUCCCCGAGCUGCAGACGGUGGCCGCCAUGCCGGGUGUAGACGGGUUCACCAUGAAGGUCGACGCUCUCUACAAGGUGGAGGCGGGGCAUCAGUGGUACCUGCAGGUGAUUUACGUCAUCAGCCCAGAGUCCCGCUCCAGCCCGAGGAUCCAGCGCUCCGUGGUCCACCAGCUGAGCCGCCCUCGACGCGACCUGGUGGACCGCAGCGGGCGCCUGACGCUGGACGAGUCUCUGAUCUACGACAACGAGGGCGACCAGGUGAAGAACGGCACCAACAUGAAGUCGCUCCGCCUGGAGGCCGGGCCCGCCGGCUCCUUCAACGCCCAUGUGGGCGGCUCGGUGGGCGGGGGCGUGGCCGCCGUCACCCUGCUGGUGCUGGUGCUGCUCGCCGCCUGCCUCCUGUUCCGCCGCUGCCGCCGGUCGGCCAAGAAGAAGAGCGCCAAGGCGGCGAAGGCCUACGAGGAGUACCCGCUCAACACCAAGGUGGAGGUGUGCCUGGACAAGUGCGUGGAGAAGAACUUCAGCACCAAACACUGCACCGUGAGGAACGUCAACGUCCUCAACCGCAACCAGGACGCCAACGGCAAGGCCAAGGUCAAACAGGUCAACCUGGAGGUCAAACUCCACAACAACCUCCACGACGGCACGGAGGUCUGACACACUGACCAGGAAAUCACAAAUCACAAAAAAAAAAGUUAUUUUCUAAAAAAGAAAGUUUGUACUUAAGGAACGAGAUGUUUUGUUAAUGUAUUUUUAUACCACUUUAAAAAAAGGGAAGAGUUUGACGCAGCGUUUUUUUCGGGCUACCUCAGGAAUCCACAACCCACUCAGCUCCAUCGGUCAUCUCAUCGCUGUCCUACUUGACAUUUACAUCCUUUGAUUUUUUAUUGUUUUUUUAAGCACCGAGACGGAGACUGGUAGCUCAGACACUGGUGAUUGUUUGGUCAACAGAACCAAACACACUUCUCUGCUGUAUCGAGUCGUUUCACUGCUACUGAACGUCACUACUGUGGAGCUGUAGACAGUGUGGAGGUCACUCAUCACGCACUGUUUCUGCUGAUAUACUAAGAAUGAAUGCUUUUAAAAACGGAACAAAGUGGCUUCUGCAUCGGCUGCGGCUGCUUCUGACUGCUGUGAGAGUAUUAUGCACAGACAGAGUGCUGCUGAGAGUGUAAAUAAUAACAAAAAAUGAAUGAUAACUAAGUGCAAUUAUGCCAUAACUUUUGUUAAUCCUUCCGCUCGUGAGCAGGAACUUUGUUUGCAUUCAAAAAAAACAAACAAACAUGUAUUUCAAGCCUUAUAGAGACAUUUGUACUGUCACGUUGAACCAACAGAUUCUUUAUUUUUAUUUGUUUUGUCCGUACUGUUCUCUGAUAGCUGCCAAUAUUAAGUGCCAUGCAGUAUUUUUCACUCACAAACGAAACAUCCAAAGUGUUUUUAUUUUUUUAAUUUUCUUCUCCUUUCAAAGAGUGACAAAUCUGACAUUUCCAUGUGAUUGUAAAAAAAAUCAGACGCCGCCGUUCGGAUGACAAAAGGUUUGGAUCCCGUCCACAUGACUGAAUGCUUUAGCCUUACUGCUGUUCUAAUGAGAAUAAUCACUUUUUAAAAAUGAUGUAUUUUAUAAUGAUGUGUGUGUGUCAACCUGCCUUCGUUCCGCCCAAAGACACAAAACCCCCUCCUUAUUAUUUUAAAAUGUUUUUCUCUCAUUUAUGUAUUACUAUGUUAGCCUCUUAUGUAUUACGUUACGCUCAGCUACUGAUGUAUGACACUGGUUGGAGAGCACUGCAAAAAAAGAACAAAAAAAGGAAACUGUAUUCUCAUGGGAGAUGUUGUCUUUCUCUUCAUUUGUUCCGCCUCCUGUUUUUGAUUUUUUUCAACUGUGUGCCUAUCAAAACAACACGGGAACAGGAAAACAAUGGGGGAAUAACAAUAUAUUUUUUUGGUGCUAUCAUUGUGUGGAAAAUAACUACGAUGCUAUCAACAUGAUGCCUGUAUUUGGUGCCUUUUUUAGUAAUAAAAAAUUAAAA